CCUCCGCUCUCUCCUUUGCCGAGCUUCCGAACGAGCUUCCUCAACUUUAGCGACGCCUUGACAAGUAGCGAGCAAACUUUUUCCGCAGCCGUUUAGGAAACAAAAAAAAAAAGAAAAUCACAAGCAAAUGAGGAGCGGCUUCAUAUGCGCGUUUGGUGAUGGAGCCUUUCGAAAAGUCGCUGCCUUGUUUGGGUCGCUUUCGGUGUAUUUUCGUGCUGUAGUUGAACCUGGCGCCGAAGCAAGUUAGCUUAGCAUCAAGCCGACAAACAACAACAACAACUAAAAAGUCUCCUUCAACUUGUUUGGCCGACCGAAAGUUUCGCAUUCCUCUCCGGCUUGCCUGUCAGCUGCGCGGCAAAAUGUCCAUUUUAGGCUUAAAAAAGAAACAGCCCAAGACGUUCAAAGUCAAAGUCAUCACCAUGGAUGCUGAGAUGGAGUUCAGUUGCGAGGUGAAGUGGAAAGGCAAAGACUUGUUUGACCUGGUGUGUCGCACGGUGGGCUUGAGGGAGACCUGGUUCUUCGGCCUGCGCUACACCGUCAAGGACACGUACGCGUGGCUCAAACCUGACAAACGGGUCCUGGACCAGGAGGUUCCGAAAGACUCGCCCAUCACGUUUCACUUCCUGGCCAAAUUCUUCCCAGAGAAAGUUGAAGAAGAACUGGUCCAAGAAAUCACGCAGCACCUCUUCUUUUUGCAGGUGAAAAAACAGAUCUUGGAUGAGGAGAUCUUCUGUUCGCCCGAAGCUUCUGUUCUUCUGGCCUCGUACGCUGUCCAAGCCAAAUACGGCGACUACGACCCCAACUUCCACAAGCCGGGCUUCCUGGCGCAGGAUGAACUUCUGCCCAAAACAGUGCUGAUGCAGUACCAGAUGACGGCAGACAUGUGGGAGGAGAAAAUCAGCGCCUGGUACGCCGAACACCACGGCAUCGCCAGGGACGAAGCCGAGAUGGAAUACCUGAAGAUCGCUCAGGACCUGGAGAUGUACGGCGUCAGCUACUACGACAUCACCGUGAGUGCUCCCGGCUGCGACUCGCGCGUCGGCGUCCGCCGCUCGCUUGAAGGGCCGCCCGUUUCCCGGCGACAGCAAAACAAGCGCGACACGGACCUGCUGCUGGGCGUGGACGCGCAGGGUCUUCACAUCUACAGCCCCAACAGCAAGCUCAGCCCCAACAAGUCCUUCCCCUGGAGCGGCAUUCGCAACAUCUCCUACAGCGAGAAAGAGUUUACCAUCAAGCCUCUGGACAAGAAGAAGGACGUCUUCAAAUUCUACUCGUCUCAGCUGCGCGUCAACAAGCUGAUCCUGCAGCUGUGCAUCGGCAACCACGAUCUGUUCAUGCGGCGGAGGAAGGUGGACUCCAUCGAGGUGCAGCAGAUGAAGGCGCAGGCCAAAGAGGAGAAGGCUCGCAAGAAGAUGGAGCGGCAGAUCCUGGCGCGGGAGAAGCAGAUGCGGGAGGAGGCCGAGCGAGCCAAAGAGGAGAUGGAGCGACGGCUUUUCCAGCUGCAGGAUGAGGCGCGCCUGGCCAACGAGGCGCUGCUGCGCUCGGAGGAGACGGCCGACCUGCUGGCGGAGAAAGCGCAGAUCGCCGAGGAGGAAGCCAAGCUGCUGGCCCACAAGGCGGCCGAGGCCGAGCAGGAGCGCCAGAGGUUGGAGGUCAACGCCAUGAAGACCAAAGAGGAGAAGCGGCUGAUGGAGCAGAAGAUGAGGGAGGCCGAGCAGCUGGCCGUCAAGCUGGUGGAGCAGUCGGAGAGAAGACUGAAGGAGGCCGACCACCUGAAGCAGGACCUCAGCGAGGCCAAGGACGCCGAGAGGAGGGCCAAGCAGAAACUGCUGGAGAUCACCAAGACCACCUACCCGCUGAUCGCGGCUUAUUCGGCCCCCGCCGCCACCGCCGCCGCGCCUCCGGAAGCCGACUCGGCCUACGCGGCCGCCUCGUCGUCCCGCCUGGACUUUAAAGACUCGGACAUGAAGAGGCUCUCCAUGGAGAUUGAGCGCGAGAGGCUGGAGUACAUGGAAAAGAGCAAACAUCUUCAGGACCAACUGAAGGAGCUCAAGUCGGAGAUCGAGUCUCUGAAGCUGGAGGAGCAGCAGCAGCAGCAGCAGCAGCAGCAGCGGCGGGCGUCGGCCACGUACGCGCUGCGCGACGGCAGGGCUUACGUGCCGCAGGCGCCAGAAAUUCGGCCUACGCGUCUCCGCUGGCCUUCUUCGACGAGGUCUGAGGACGAGGAGCGCCGGCGUGACCCGCGCGGACGUUUGCAAGACGGGCGCCUUUUGGAUGCCCGCGACGGGAUUGCGGCCGACGCGCUUCAAGCGGACCGCUUCGGCUCUUCUUCUCGCCGCUCGCUCGGUCGGGGGGCGUGCGCGCCCGCGCUCGUCGGCGCUGCCGAUUUUGGGCGGCGCGUUUGACGGCCGGGUGGCGUUUUGUUGUCGUCGAGGCGACGCUCUCCGCGACGGCGCCGCCGUUCGGCUUCAUUUUGCAUCGUCGUUGGAGUGUGCUAUUUAUUUGGGUUUCAUUUCAUCACCCCCGCGACCUUUUUUCUGUGUUUAUCGGAUGAUGCGGCGACUGAAUUUCUUUGCGAGCGUUUUCUACCGUGUCCGCAUCAUUUGAAUAGAAUUUGUUACCGA